AUGAUUGCACAAAGAGGAGAUCGGUUUUGUCCAGAUAAAAGUAUAGACCAUAAAUUAAACAAACUUGGUGACACUGAUUCAAGCAUGAUUGCAAACAAUUCAUCUCAUGAUAAUCUCCCAGCUUCAACAAGUGGUAACUCACUUGCAGAUGAUAUACGAGUAUACAAUACUAAAGGGCAAGAAUUAGAAUUAGCGUAUCUUGAAUCUCAGGAUGAUGAUGGCAGUAACGAUAACGAUGAUGGACUGAUUAUUGAUGUUGGAGGUGCUGAAGAUGAGAAAUUUCAUUUAGACAAUGAAAAUCAAACGAAAUCAAUACAGAAUUAUGAUCAUGGAAGUGAUGUUGGGAUUAAACGGGACUAUGAACAACUUCUCGGGAAUUGUAAUGAGUGUUCGUUAUCUUUACUGGGAGCAUGUUACGAUAAGAUGGAAGAAAAAGACAAGCACUAUGACGUUGACAUUGAAGGCCGAUUCUUUUAUGAAUCUGAUCACUUAGCGUUGAAAAAUAACGAAGACUACCAAUUAUUACUUCGUACACUUGCUAUUUUAGAAUCUCAAAGGGCGCAGGCAUGUCAGGAUAUUUGCGAAUUAAUUAAAAUUAGAAAAGAUGCUCUCAAUGAUCCCGUUGCGUUCGUGAAGAAAUUACAAAUGGAUAAAGACCUUGGUAUGCCGCGGUUGCAAGCUGUAUUGCAAAUUCCUACUAUUAAGUGGGACGAAUAUACGAAGGCUUUAUCGACUCUAAGUCAAAGCGAGAACGAUAGAUUACUUAAGCGCCAUUCAGCUCGAUCCACACCGCUAAAAGAUCACAAUCUGCAACCGUUGAUCGAUGCUAGUCAACCAGAGUUGUCUUCGAAUGCCUAUAAAGAGUUGUCAUCUUCUGAUUCGUCGCUUCUCCCGAGAUAUAUGUAUCCUAUAGCUGGUGCGAUCGUGAGGGGGCGAAUUUAUGAUGAAACGAAACCCUCUUCUUUUAAUCAGUUAUGGUCUCCAGAGGAACAAUUAAGACUAGAGAAACUUCUUGAAGUAUUUCCAAGUGAAGAAAUUGAAUCUAGACGAUGGGAAAAAAUUGCAAAUGCUCUCGGAAAUAGAACACCAAAACAGGUUGCAAGUCGAGUUCAAAAAUACUUUAUUAGAUUAGCUAAGCUUGGCUUACCCAUACCUGGGCGAGUACCGAAUAUGCCAUUUUAUAAGAAGGGGACAAAAAAAUUAACCGAUAAUCCGGCUAAUUACCAACCUUUCUGUCGACCAUCUGUUUAUAUGGCGGAAAAUGAUAAAGACAUUAGUUGCAGCGCAGAUUCUAAGCGUUCAUUAUCCACAAGUGAAACUGUAUCUGAUGAUGAAGAAAUCGACUUUACCCUGAAAAAUAGUGACGAGUACAAACAAUUAAUCAGGUUAAAGAAAAUUAAGAAGAUGCAAACUACUGUUAGAAAAGUACAACAUCAUGGAUAUCAGUGUGAUCGCUGUGGGAUGGAGCCCAUUUUAGGACCUAGGUUUCACUGUAAAGAUUGUCCAGCUGACGAUUCCGUUGACUUUUGUAAAGACUGUGUUAUUAGUCCUAUGGAAAUCAGAUUGCAUAAACUAAAUCAUGAAUUGCAAGUGUUCAAUCGCCCGUUCUAUGUUGACGACGAUUAUAUUGGAUAUACUGGAGGAAGUGGACAUGUUGAACAAUCAACCGGAUACACUACAGGCUAUAGUUACUUAGAUCCAAAUUAUAUACCAAAUGAUUAG